AUGGAUGAAGUAAAGAACGCUCUAAGAAACAUAGAGCAGAAGUACAAGCUCUUCCUGCAGCAGCAGUUCACGUUUAUUGGAGCCCUGCAACACACCCGGGAGAAUGCACAUGACAUGCUCAGACCUGUGGCAAGCAUCGACCAGGUACAGUCCUACCUUCACCAUUACUGUCACAACUCCACAGAUAGGCGUAUCCUCAGCAUGUUCCUCAACAUCUGUGAUGACCUAAGAAAUCUCUGCUACCAGCUGGAAACUGUGCACUCUGGUAACAACAUAACCAACCAUCUUCUGGAGAGAUGCAAACUGCUCCUGAGCCACAGCAAUGACCUCAGCCCCCUCCGAGCUAGAUACCCCCACGAUGUUGUGAAUCACCUGAGCUGUGAGGAAGCCAGGAACCGCUACGGAGGGGUGGUGAGCCUCAUCCCCAUCGUGCUGGACUGUGUCAAGGAGUGGGUCACCCACAUGGAGAAGCUGACAUGGCACAAGCUGCGCAAUGUGAGUGGUGGAAGUGGUGCCUCUGACAAGGGGGCACCCCAGGAUGCACCAGAUAGGGCAGCCUCUUCCCAGACACCACCUGCUAAGCACCUGGAGGCUCAGAGCACAGCUAAAAAUGAAGUUAAUGUGAAAGUGCAGGACAGUAAGAAUGUCCAGAAAAAGCAACUGAAAGACACAGGAAGUCACAGUGGGCAACGUAAGGCUCCCUGGAAACCACCGGGUAAACAUCCCUUUUAA